AAACUCGCAGGAUCAGGGGGCUUUGCGAGACUAGCGACCGACAGAGCAGCGGAAGAAUUUAGUGUGAGAGUCGUCAGUCUAGCAGUUCGCAGCCGAUAGCCAGCUGCCUUUUACACAAAAGCAACUCCAGCGAUUGUCCUGCACGCUACGGCCGGCAUGACGAGGUGAUUGCAACUAAUUAGUCACUGCAAUUGGUCAUCAGCUUGGACUGGAUGCUGUGUAGGCAUAUGCGCUAUUGUUGUAACGUGCUCAGCAGCAGGAGGUGGAGAGGGUUUACAGUCUCAUGCCACAGUCAGGUAUGGACACCUGGACACCGAAUCCUCGAGCAAAACCGUUCAUCCCUCGCCAGCAACGGAGCCUCUACCUCACCUGGAAGUACAAAUUAACUAACAAGCGAGCUCUCCGUCGAGGCUGCCAGGCUGGAGCUGUUCUAUUUCUCCUGGUCACAGUCAUUGUGAAUAUCAAACUAAUCUUAGACACAAGAAGAGUAGCCAAUGAGGAAGAGGCAGUGCAGGAGUAUGACGACGCCCUGCCCAACAUGGAGACCCCGCGCAAGACGGCGAGCGGUAGGAAGGUCCUGGACAUUGAGGUGUACUCCAGCCGCUCCAAAGUCUAUGUGGCAGUGGACGGAACCACUGUGUUGGAGGAUGAAAUGCGGGAGCAGGGCCGAGGUAUUCACGUGAUAGUCCUCAACCAGGCUACAGGCCAUGUGAUGGCCAAGAGGAUAUUUGACACCUACUCUCCCCAUGAGGACGAGGCCAUGAUCCUCUUCCUCAACAUGGUGACGCGUGGCAGGGUCCUCAUCUUCACCAUCAAGGAUGAGGGGACGUUCCACCUGAAAGAGUCUGCUAAAAACCUGCUGAAGGGGCUUGGGAGCCAGGCGGGCCUCAACCUCAGCUGGAGAGACAUGUGGACCUUGGUGGUGAAGAAAGGAGGUCAGUUGUAUGGUGAGAAACACUCCAAGUCCCCAGCCCUGUCCACCUGGGGAGAUCCUGUUCUACUGAAGACUGAGGUGCAGCUCACUGCCUCUGAAGAUGCAGAGUGCCAUUGGGCUGACACAGAGCUGAACAGGAGGAGGAAACUCUUCUGCAGUAAGGUGGAGGGCUACGGCAGCAUCUGUAGCUGCAAAGACCCGGCCCCCAUUGAGUUCAGCCCAGACCCACUCCCCAACAACAAUGUGUUCAAUGUUCCUGUGGCGGUCAUCGCUGGGAACAGACCUAACUAUCUGUACAGGAUGCUGAGGUCUCUGCUCUCGGCCCAGGGGGUCAACCCACAGAUGGUCACAGUCUUCAUCGAUGGAUACUAUGAGGAGCCCAUGGAUGUGGUGGAGCUGUUUGGACUGAAGGGGGUUCAACACACUCCCAUCAGCAUCAAGAAUGCCAGAGUAUCACAGCACUACAAAGCCAGUCUCACUGCAACCUUCAACCUACACCCAGAUGCUAACUUUGCCGUAGUCCUGGAGGAAGACCUAGAUAUCUCCAUAGAUUUCUUCAGUUUCCUGAGCCAGACCGUCCAUCUGCUCAACGAGGACGACAGCUUGUACUGCAUCUCAGCCUGGAACGACCAGGGUUAUGAGCACACAGCAGAGGACCCAGCUCUCCUCUACAGAGUGGAGAGUAUGCCAGGCCUGGGCUGGGUGCUGAAGAAGAGUCUCUACAAGGACGAACUGGAGCCCAAGUGGCCCACGCCUGAGAAGCUGUGGGACUGGGACAUGUGGAUGCGUAUGCCAGAACAGAGGAAAGGCAGAGAGUGUAUCAUCCCUGACGUGUCCCGCUCCUACCACUUUGGCAUCAUCGGACUCAACAUGAACGGCUACUUCCACGAAGUGUAUUUCAAGAAGCACAGGCUCAACACGGUUCCUAAUGUCCAGCUGAAGAAUGUAGACGGCUUGAAGAAAGAUGCCUACGAGCUGGAGAUUCAGAACUUACUUAAGGAGGCUGAUGUACUGGACCACAGUAAGAACCCAUGUGAGGACUUGUUCAUCCCCGAUACAGAGGGGAAGACCUAUGUCAUGUACAUCAAGAUGGAGCUGGAGACUGACACAUCCACCUGGACUGAGCUUGCCAAGUGUCUCCAUGUGUGGGAUCUGGAUGUGAGAGGGUACCACAACGGCCUGUGGAGGCUCUUCAGGAAGAGGAACCAUGUCCUGGUUGUGGCCGUUCCUAUCUCGCCAUACUCUGUGAAGAAGCCAGUGAACGUUACACCCAUCCACCUAGAGCCUCCGCCCAAAGAAGAGGGAGCCCCCAUGGAGCAGCGUUAGCCCAACACCACCACACACCCUCUCACAAUGCUCUCGACUGGUAUUACGGUCAUUCUUGCAGGGGCUUGGGGCGUCGGAGAGCCAUUCUUUCUUUACACUACAACACUCAGAGGGGGGUAUGUGGUGUAGAUGUGAUCCACUGCCUACUGAGGUAGCUUGAGAAUCUUGAUUCCUGAGGUCAGAUUUGGCGGCAGAUCCGUUUCUUUACACUGCAAAAAUAGUCUCUUUUGAGACCGGUUUCAAAAUAGUGUCGUGUAAAAGGUGGAGUAGCUCAACACCACCACACACACUCUCUAGCCUGGCCUUAACGCCUGCACCCUUACACUACUACCAACACCACCCUCCUGGCCUUAACACAGACAGCAAGGCUUCUUGGAAGUGGUGCUUUUACGGUGGUGGUCAGACACUGACUGGACUGAACCACGGAUCAUCAUUUGUCUUUCACUGUGUGGAGGUUCCCUAAAGGUUUUUGACGAAGUUGGAGAUUGACCGUAUUAGGCUGUGCCACAGGAUUCCGUCCAAAUGGUUACGUGUAUAUAUAGCUAUGCCCCUUACUGACACUCCACCUGUGAAUUCUCGGAGAAGAGGAGAGGGGACAGAGGCUGGACCAGGGAGGAGUACAAAAGGGAUCUGUUAACAUUUACUGCGUCUCCUUUACGACGGUUGGAUGAUGUAUGGAAGAAACAAACUGGAUGAAAAGGGAGAGGGAGGAUAAUUGACGCUCAAAUCUCAACCCCAGCUUUGUGGGGACACACCCGCAUAAAUAAGUGGCUUCUGAUGAAACUUGCCCAACCAGAAAAUAUUGUAUUUUUAUUUUAUUUCCAAGUGCUUUGUCAAUCCUGUAUACAUUUUAACUUAUUUUAAUUUAUUUAACUUGCCAGUAUAUCAACGAACAAGUGGUUGAAAUGUUUUAUUAAUAUCAAUAUUUUUUUAGGCCUAACGUUUGCAGAUCUGAUAUACUAAUGUACAGUUGAAGUCAGAACCUUACAUACACCUUAGCCAAAUACAUUUAAACUCAGUUUUUCACAAUUCCUGACAUUUAAUCAGAGUAAAAAUUCCCUGUCGUUUCAGGGUAGCCUUCCACAAGCUUCCCACAAUAAGUUGGGUGAAUUUUGGCCCAUUCCUCCUGACAGAGCUGGUGUAACUGAGUCAGGUUUGUUGGCCUCCUUGCUCUUACAUGCUUUUUCAGUUCUGCCCACAAAUCUUCUAUGGGAUUGAGGUCAGGGCUUUGUGAUGGCCACUCCAAUACCUUGACUUUGUUGUUCUUAAGCCAUUUCGCCACAACUUUGGAAGUAUGCUUGGGGUCAUUGUCCAUUUGGAAGACCCAUUUGCGACCAAGCUGUAACUUCCUGACUGACGUCUUGAGAUGCUGCUGCAAUAUAUCCACAUAAUUUUCAUACCUCAUGAUACCAUCUAUUUUGUGAAGUGCACCAGUCCCUCCUGCAGCAAAGCACCCCCACAACAUGAUGCUGCCACCCCUGUGCUUCACGGUUGGGAUGGUGUUCUUCGGCUUGCAAGCCUCCCUCUUUUUCCUCCAAACAUAACGAUGGUCAUUGUGGCCAAGCAGUUCUAUUUUUCUUUCAUCAGACCAGAGGACAUUUCUCCAAAAAAUAUGAUCUUUGUCCUCAUGUGCAGUUGCAAACCGUAGUCUGGCUUUUUUAUGGCGGUUUUGGAGCAGUGGCUUCUUCCUUGCUGAGCAGCCUUUCAAGUUAUGUCGAUAUAGGACUCGUUUUACUGUGGAUAUAGAUACUUUUGUACCCGUUUCUCCCAGUAUCUUCACAAGGCCCUUUGCUGUUGUUCCGGGAUUGAUUUGCACUUUUCGCACCACAGUACGUUCAUCUCUAGGAGACAGAACGCGUCUCCUUCCUAAGCGGUAUGACGGCUUUGUGGUCCCAUGGUGUUCAUACUUGCGUACUAUUGUUUGUACAGAUGAACGUUGUACCUUCAGGCGCUUGGAAAUUGCUCCCAAGGAGGAACCAGACUUGUGGAGGUCUACAAUUUUUUUCCUGAGGUCUUGGCUGAUUUCUUUUCAUUUUCCCAUGAUGUCAAGCGAAGAGGCACUGAGUUUGAAGGUAGGCCUUGAAAUACAUCCACAGGUACACCUCCAAUUGACUCAAAUUAUGUCAAUUAGCCUAUCAGAAGCUUCUAAAGCCAUGACAUAAUUUUCUGGAAUUUUCCAAGCUGCUUAAAGGCACAGUCAACUAGUGUAUGUAAACUUCUGAUCCACUGGAAUUGUGAUACAAUCUGAACAGCGGAAAUAAUCUGUCUGUAAACAAUUGUUGGAAAAAUGACUUGUCAUGCACAAAGUAGAUGUCCUAACCGACUUGCCAAAACUAUAGUUUGUUAACAAAUUUGUGGAGUGGUUGAAAAACGAGUUUUAAUGACUCCAACCUAAGUGUAUGUAAACUUCUGACUUCAACUGUUAGAUUUAUCUAUCUAUAUAUGUAUCUGAAUAAAAAGGCUCCUCUUAUUAUAAUUUUUUCAUUAACCUAUGUUUAACGUGCUAGUCGUUGCAGAUUAGGCACAUAAGAGAUAUGGCACCCUAUUCCCCAUAUAAUGCACUGAGAUCUGAGCCCUGUGGGUCCCGGACAAAAGUCGUACACUCUUUAAGGAAUAGGGUGCCAUUUGCCACGCAAAGAACAGUGGUUAACAUCAACCCGUGAACACUAAAGUCUGUUUCUGCACAUAUAUGAUGGUCUCUGCACAGUGUGGUUGAGAGACAUUUCAAGGUACUACUAGUGGAGUAUUUCAGAAAGCCUAUCACUUUUUAAAUUUUUUUUGGGAUAUGUUAUCAGUAUCUACUGUAGGGUUGAAUGGUGAUGAAAUUGUUUGUAAAAGUAGGUAUACUGUAUCUCCGUUUUUGCAGUGUGGCUGCAGUGCGUUUCAUCAGUACCAUGCCGAUAUCCUGCAGCUAACAAUGUUUUUCAUUUCAGUCAUAAUAACCACUUGUUAUUUUGCUGUGUGUGUGUGUGUGUGUGUGUGUGCGCGCGCACGCGCAAUGGACAUUUCAGUGGGAAGAACUUGGUCAUGAGAUCAUCUCGUUGUCUAGCUCUACAGUCCUCUAAUUUCAAAGACGGAUCUAUUAUAAUGGAAGCUUGUCUGCUUGAUAAUGGUCCAUAAAAUAUUUGUUUUGCAGUAUUAGUCUUUCUCAAUGAAAUGAAUAAAUAUGUUUUUUAA